UAGCACAUGAGUUAGAUUUUAGACCUAGAUAGAGUUGACCCAAACCUCAUGGCAUCUUCCUCACUUGUCCAUCCACCCAAGAAAUUAAACAAACCCUUCCACAUUUAAACUUCCAGUCUUCAAACCCACCUCCAUGAACCUUCCAUUUUUCACACAACAAUCACACUUUUCUCUCUCUAAAAAAAUACACACUUUGACUAGUCAACUUCCCCAUUCUCCAUUCUUUAAGAUCCAGAUUUCACCUUAAAACCCUCCAAGACUCCAAAUUGUUAUAUGGGUCAUCAAUCUUCGCUCAAAAUUUAGUAACUUUCAUCACUUUCUUUCAAUCUUGAUCCAUUUUCUGCAAAAUCCCAUCUGGGAUUUGUGGAUUUAUCUUCAAGAAAAUGGCACCAAGCUCUGUGGUGGUCACAAUAGACAAAUCAAGCAACAUCUCUUUAGUAGAAGUUGAUGAUUCAGAAACAUCUGUGUUUCUUGAAAAGCAAAAAACAGCAAGCACAAAGCAGUUUUCUUGGCUGCUUUUACUCAAAGCUCAAAGAAUCCUCUCUUUCUUCCCAUGGAUAACAAUGGGGUUCUCCAAGACUUUUCUUUCUGUUAAAAAAAGGAUUGCUUUAUCAGAUUCAAUCAAAGAUGAAGUCAAGUACAAAGAAAAGAUCAUGUACAGAUUCAUAAGAGCAUUUCUUGCUAUAUCUAUUUUCGCUUUGUGUGUUGAAGUGUUUGCUUAUUUUCAAAACUGGGACUUGAACUUUAUCCCUAAUGAAGCUAUGGGACUGUUACACUUGUCUUACAUGGGUUGGAUUUCAUUCAGAGCUGAAUAUAUUGCUCCAUCUAUCACCAUGUUGUCACACUUCUGUGUGUUGCUGUUCUUGAUCCAGUCUCUUGAUAGAUUCAUACUUGGAAUUGGCUUCUUUUGGAUCAAAUUCAAGAAAAUAAAGCCAGUGAUUAACAUUGAUGAUCAAAGCUAUGAUCUUGAAGAUCCUUCCACUUUCCCAAUGGUUCUUGUUCAGAUCCCUAUGUGCAAUGAAAGAGAGGUGUAUCAGCAAUCAAUUGCAGCUGCUUGUCAACUGGAUUGGCCAAAAGACAGGAUCUUGAUACAAGUUUUGGAUGAUUCAAGUGAUGAGGUUUUACAGAUUUUGAUAAGAAAUGAAGUGAAUUUAUGGCAAGAGAAAGGGGUGAACAUAAUCUACCGACACAGAUUUGUUAGAACAGGAUAUAAAGCUGGAAAUCUUCAUUCAGCAAUGUCUUGUGAUUAUGUCAAAAACUAUGAAUUUGUUGCCAUUUUGGAUGCAGAUUUUCAGCCUAAUCCGGAUUUCCUUAAACUGACAGUUCCUCACUUUAAGGGGAAACCCGACUUGGGUCUUGUUCAAGCUAGGUGGUCAUUUGUGAACAAAGACGAAAACUUACUCACAAGACUACAAAACAUCAACUUGUGCUUCCAUUUUGAAGUCGAACAGCAAGUCAACGGUCACUUUCUCAACUUCUUCGGGUUCAAUGGCACUGCGGGCGUGUGGCGGAUCAAAGCGUUGGAAGAAUCCGGUGGUUGGCUUGAAAGAACAACGGUUGAAGACAUGGACAUUGCUGUUAGAGCACAUUUGCAUGGCUGGAAGUUCAUUUACCUUAACGAUGUGCGAGUUCUUUGCGAGUUACCCGAGUCUUAUGAAGCUUAUAAGAAACAACAACAUCGAUGGCAUUCGGGCCCCAUGCAACUCUUCCGUCUCUGCCUCCCUGCAAUCAUUUCUUCCAAGAUAUCAAAGUGGAAAAAGAUGAACUUGAUCUUCUUAUUCUUCCUCCUGCGAAAAAUGAUCCUACCCUUUUACUCUUUCACCCUGUUCUGCGUAAUCCUACCGUUAACAAUGUUCAUACCCGAAGCCGAGUUACCAAUCUGGGUCAUCUGUUACGUCCCGGUUACAAUGUCAAUCUUGAACAUCAUCCCAUCACCGAAGUCAUUCCCAUUCCUAAUGCCAUACCUGCUGUUCGAGAACACAAUGUCGGUAACCAAGUUUAACGCAAUGAUCUCGGGCCUGUUCCAGCUCGGAAGCGCCUACGAAUGGGUCGUCACCAAGAAAACCGGGAGGUCAUCAGAAUCAGACCUGUUGGCAUUCGCAGAACGCGAAUCAAAAAGUUUCAACGAAGAAAAGAUUCAACGACGGUUAUCGGAGUCCGGACUCGAAAUGCUCGGGAAACUGAAGGAACAAGAGACUCCUGCAGUUAACGAAAAGAAGAAGAACAAGAUUUACCGGAGGGAACUCGCACUCGCGUUCCUGCUGCUUACUGCUGCUGCUAGAAGUCUGUUAUCAGCUCAUGGUAUUCAUUUCUAUUUCUUGUUGUUUCAAGGUUUGUCGUUUCUUGUGGUCGGGUUAGACUUGAUCGGCGAGCAGGUAAACUGAAAACGGGCCGAGUUUCGGUUAUAUGGAUUUAGUGUCGGUACAUACGGAUUCAAUAAGGAGAUUAUCCCGUCGGAUAUAUAGAACGAUAUACGUGAAAGGAUAUCAGAGUUGAUUUUUUUUUGGUUUUGUUGUAUAAAUAAUCACAAGUGUUCUUAAUUCUUAAAUUCGUUGUUCAGUUAAUAGUGGUCGAUACUUACCUUAAAACAGUUAUUAUAUAAAGAUUCAUUUCGUGUUACAUUGUUGUUGAUUACGCUUUUUGGUCGAGAA